CUCCGGCUGUUCCUGCCGAGAGGCCCUAUGGCUCUUCGCGCUGGGGUGGUAAAAGGAAACAGCAGCGUGUGUCAUUUUUAAAGUGCCGUACGUGAAAGCUCACUCCCUGCGUUCCCGACCCUCCUGCAGAAUGGAAGCGCCCGAGGAGAGGGAACACCAGCGGGCUGCCCGCCCCAGCCCCGGGAGAGAGGUGGUCGCCCCGGCCCGAGACGAGCCCGGCGGACCCCGCCGCCGGAGGGAGAGGCAGGGCAAGUCCCCCAGGAGACGGCGGGACCCGAAGAGGCCGCCCAGGAGGAGGGAGAGGCAGCCGUUGCCGGGGCAACCGGAGAACCCAGAGCCCCUGCCUGCCAAGGAGGAGGCCGCUGGCUCGUCUCCAAAGAGAUGGGAGCGGUGCAGGAGAGGCCACUUUCUUCAUGGACCAUAUCCAGCUACUCACUUCGGACCCAAAGCCUGUAUCCUGCCCAACCCCACAUCAGUCAUGCACAUCCAGGAUCCGGCCAGCCAGCGCCUGACUUGGAACAAGCCCCCCGUCAACAUCCUUGUCAUGAAAAAGAUCCGGGAUGACAGCUUGCGAGAGCCCUUUAAACAGCUCUGCAGGUUCCUGAUCGAGGAAAAGCAGCUGGUGGUUUAUGUGGAGAAGAAAGUGACAGAGGACUCUGCUCUGUCUAAGGACGAGGCUUUCGGCACUAUCCAAAACCAGCUGUGCACUUUCAGAGAAGGCUAUGAUGACAUUUCAGAUUGUAUAGACUUGAUCAUCUGUCUUGGUGGAGAUGGAACAUUGCUGUAUGCCUCCUCUUUAUUUCAGGGCAGUGUUCCUCCAGUCAUGGCCUUCCAUCUCGGAUCUCUCGGCUUCCUCACACCUUUCAAAUUCGAGUCUUACAAAACAGAAGUCACCAAGGUUUUUGAAGGAAAUGCAGCUAUAAUCCUGCGCAGCCGAUUAAAGGUCAAGGUGGUGAAAGAUAUAGCUCGCGUGCAGCAGACGGGGCCAUGUUACAGAGUGGAGGAGAACGGGCUGGUUCCUCAGAGCCACAUGGACAGUGAGGCUGGGAAAAUCACUCUACAGUUACAGGUGCUGAAUGAGGUGGUUGUAGACAGAGGCCCUUCUUCAUACCUGUCCAAUGUGGAUCUAUAUCUGGAUGGCAGGUUAAUCACAUCAGUCCAGGGGGAUGGUGUCAUUGUGUCCACCCCCACGGGUAGCACGGCGUACGCCGCGGCCGCCGGCGCUUCCAUGAUCCAUCCCAACGUGCCGGCCAUCAUGGUCACACCCAUCUGCCCGCACUCCCUCUCCUUCCGGCCCAUCGUGGUGCCCGCCGGCGUGGAGCUCAUGAUAAUGCUGUCCCCUGAUGCCCGAAACACAGCCUGGGUUUCUUUUGACGGCAGAAAGAGACAGGAGAUCCAGCAUGGUGACAGCAUUAAAAUAACUACGUCCUGCUACCCGGUCCCUUGCAUUUGUUGCCACGACCUGGUGUACGACUGGUUCGAGAGCCUCGCUGAGUGCCUGCACUGGAACAUCCGCAAGAAACAGACCAGGCUUACAGACGUCACCGACUCCUCUGACACAGAGAACUGACACAGUACGAGGAUAUGGGCAUCUUUGUCUGCCCCAUAUUGAUGGAGUGUUUGUCACUAUACUGUAUGUCAAAAGUCAUUUACCAUCUUAUGAUGUUUCCCAAUAUGCUGCUUGCAAGAUGUAGCCAAGUGUGCAGAAUUUACACAGUAUUAUUAUUGCUGCUCCUGCUUUCAGAGAGCCUUGUGUUUACCGAAACCAAAACAGAUCCAUUCCAGUGGGAAAGGAAAGAAAGCACCAGUCACACCCUGAACCCGCAAGAAGAAAUGCGGAAUUCACCGAUGCCAACGUUGUGUUUUCCAUGUUUCUCCAUAGUGGGGCGUACUGUACUGCGAAGAGCCCCUCCCAAAAAGUCAUUUUUUUAAAACGCUCUCUUCACAGCAACGCAUUUAUAAAUACAAGAACCAGCAGCUACAGAAAUGGACAAAUAACUAUAAUGCUUCAAGACAAUGCUGGAGUUUUGAGUGAUCGACCAAACAUUCCAUCUACUUAAACCAGAUUCAAGCUAACGAAGGAGACACAAGUGAUGGUUUCAGUACUUCAACGAGGGAGUUUAGACUUGAUGUGUUACAUACAAUAUUAAAGGACUUUUGAAGCACGUUAAAUCAUAAUAUAAUUAAUUAAACUAUGUAUGCUAAAAAGAAUCUUUACUCCAUUCAAGAAAAAAAUCUAUCAGUGUUAAAGCCGGUACAACAGUGACAUAAUUUAAUUAUAUUUAGCUAAAUUCACACUUGGAAUUUUUUAUCCCAAAGGUUCCCGAAGCACAAAGGGGACCCUCUUUGUCCACCCACAGCAGAUCAAGCAGAGAAGUGAGAAAUCGUUUCACCACUUGAACGAAGAGUGGGCUACUUUAGGAUGGCCCGUGUAUACAAGCACAGAACACUGGGGUUAACAUCUCUACCAUGGGCUGUAUAAUGACCAAUAGUAUCUCAGCUCUGCAUCACAUCUGAAGAAUGUGAUCCUCUGGUCAUUUUAUUCAAGGUAUUGUUUUGGAAAUUCUCAUCCAGAGGGCAGAGUACCAUCUGCUGGAGUACACCAGCACCACUGGCAGAAUCAUUGAAUUUCUCAUACAGCCCAGGCUGAACCUUGUGCAGCUUCCACCAUCUGAUGAGAGUGGUUACAUUGCUGCCUGUUAUUAAUUGCUGUUUAACUAUUAAUGACUAUUCAUAAAAUGAAUGUUUACUAUUGUGUGUAUAUAUAUAAAUUAUUGGAUUUACCUUACUGUAUAUCAGCCAAACAUUAA